GCAGUGGUAUCAACUGCACAGUACGCAUGGCGGUUUUUCCAGUUCGACCGAAGCUUUCGAGUGAACUCGAUCCUCUGCGGUGUGUGCAAUCCGUGCCAUAGAAAUUGAAGAUGCCUUUCCAGGCUCAGGAGGCCGCCCGCUGCCCCAAAUGCGGACACCAGGUGUUCGCUGCGGAGGAGAUGCUCGCCGGAGGUGCUAAGUGGCACAAAAUCUGCUACACCUGCGGAUUGUGCCGCAAGAGGCUCGACUCCACCAAUGCCACGGAGCACAACGGUAUGCUGUGGUGCAAGAUCUGCUACAGCAGGAAGUUCGGACCUAAGGGAGUCGGUUUCGGUUGCGGAGCAGGCACCUUGAACAUGGAUAAGGGAGAGGUGUUCGGUAACUUCGAAUCCUCCUCCAACAAGCCGAUGGAUCCCUACUACGGAAUCAACUCGAAAUUUUUCCAGUUCAAGUAAACUAGAAAAACCCGCCGCUAGCCCGACCGCAUGACAUUUCGAUCGGAGGAGGCUCCGCCGACUCUCGAUUUCCCGUCAUUCCCCAGCACAUCACCCAGAGGAGAAAGGUCCCGUCGAGCGUCAAGGCAGUGGCGUCAGACAGAGAAACCUGAACCUCGAGCAAACGUAUUCCUUAGCCAUCCACCGCCUACCUCUCCACCCUCUUCACCCCGCUUGUGAUUUGUACACUUUCGAGUACAGUCGGCUUUGGGUGCGCGGGAGGCCCCAAGAGGCGGACUCUGACGUCCUUGGAGCGAUGGGCCGACUUGAAACCGACUGGGCCGGGAAUCGCCCCGAAAGGACGUGUUGGGUCUACGCGAACGCCCAGCGAGUCGUUCUCAGUCGAAGCGCGUAGCGAGCCGCGCGGGGUCUUUUGGACGCUCUAAGCCGACGUGCCCACGAUGUGUCAACCGAUGAAAAUUUUCAACGGACAGCCAGACAACCGAAGGAGAUACUAUCCCGAUAUUAAAGAAUACGCAAUCCCAACGCUUAGCUCAUCCCAUUGUGUCCCUUGCGAGUAAUGAAAGUGAAAAUAGAUGAACGUGCAGCCAGCAACUUGUCCUCCCCGAGAUUUAUACUCCCCGAUGAUGAGAACAACAACAACAACAGCAACAGCUACGACGACGCCAGCAGCGAAGACCACCACCGAUUGCUUGAUCAAUCAUUACGACCAUUUCAACGACGAGUAUAUGUUAAGCAGACGAUAAGCAACCUAGAAGAAUGUGUCGAUGGAUAGAACGAAGGUGCGAGAAAACAGCAGAAGCGAUACGAUUGUACAGUGAGCGAGUCAUCUGCGGGGCUCUCUUACGAACACCGACUUUUAUCUUUUCAAUGGAGAGAAAGAAGAACAGCAGCAGCAAGGAGAGCCUUGUCCCCUCCUCUUUGUAAACAUUAACCACAUUGAUGGCGGUGAGGAAGCGGGCGCCUGCAGCGUGUCGCGAUCACCCUCACGUGAACGUGACGUGCCGCUGCGCCCACGACUGCUGUCUACAGAUGAAAAAGAUGACGAAGAAAAUAUGCGCAUGGAGAGAGGCAACAGACGAAAACGAAAAAAGAUGUUAAUAAACAUUUUUACUCUUGAU